AUGGCCAGUCGUGCCAAUCUACCAUCAAAGCCAGCCACUCUAGUUGGCCGUCUGAAGAACGUGCGCCACUGGUGCGCUCAGCAUCUGCGUCGUCAGCAGUACUUCGACCGAGCCUUAUGGACUCCAGUGAAUACAGGGACAUCUCUGGUGCUGUCCACUCUGUUGUCAGUGCUGGUCUUUGCAGGCAUGCAGAUGUUCAGCAAGCAGCUGGCCUCUUCUGAGUGGCUCACCAUCCUGGGAGGCUUUCUGGGUUCAGUGCUUUUUAUCUGCUCACUUACUGCAUUCAACAAUCUGGAGAACCUGGUCUUUGGCAAAGGCUUCCAGGCAAAGAUCUUCCCAGAAAUUAUUUUGUGUCUGUUUCUGUCCAUGUUUGCCUCUGGUCUGGUGCACAGAGUGUGUGUCACCACAUGGUGAGUAUCACAAAGCUGCUGAUUAAAGCAU